AUGGCUGCCAUCAACUCAACAAUCAGCGACCCAUACGACAAAGUCAAGGGAGACGAAGAGCAUAUUCUCCUACUGCCAGGAGACAGACAGCUAGCUUAUGCGCACAACGGCCCCCCAACGUCGCGCACCAUCAUCCUAUUCUUUACGGGCAUCAUGAGCGUAGGCACCGCAGCCAACGUUCCCGAGUCCUGCAGCGAGAUUCAAGCCCACUGGAUCUCACCAACGCUGCCAGGCAUGGGCAACUCAAGCACUCGUAAUCUCACUGUGCCUUACUACGUCUCCUUGGCGAGGGAUAUGGCUGCUUUGCUCACCCAUCUCUAUCCCACUGCCGAUUUCGAUACUCUCUACCUUGCGGGAGGGUCAUACGGCACUGUGCAGGCGCAAAUGCUGUACGGCGCCCCAUACGAUCUCUUUCCAUUCGGUCGCAAAAUCGCUGGAUGUCUGCUUCUAAGCGGCUUUUCUCCAUUGAAGCAUCAUGUGGGAUACGCAAAAAGGGUCAACUGGCACAAUUGGUUUUCCAUUGGGCCGCCUACAAGAGUCAUUCCAUUCCAUUUACUGCAGCGCCUCUUUAAGUCUGCCAUCGGAUCCAAGUUACUGUCUCUCGACGGAGCACGAGCAUUUCUCAAACAGACGAUAUUCAAUACCAUGGAUUCUGAGGAGAAGCAGCUAUUUUAUGACUGGGCAGCGAAAAAUGAAUUGACAGAAUCAGAGUUUAUUGACCGAAUGGCACGCGGUACCAUCAAGUGCUGCAAAAACUGGGAUGGCUUCAUGGAGGUUUCUGACAUCAUCCACUCCGACUGGGGCUUUGAUCCGCGCACUCUGGACGCUGAGCAUGCGUCCAAGGCGAUGCUGGUGGUUGGGUCCCAGAGUGACUAUAUCGGAGGGGGCACCAACGACUGGCUUGUAGCUAGUUAUCAGUCCGCAGCACUCAGAUUGUUUCCCGGAAGCCAUAUCUCGUCGCUGUUUUACAUGGAUGAGUUGUGGAAACAGUUGUUUGCAAUGGCUAAUUGCAAGUGA